AUGAGCGAUUCAAGGGCUCCUAAGAACACUGAUGCAAUGAGCGGUCACGACAUCCUCGAGUCACAAUCCUCUUGGAAGACGCCGGAGCAAGUAGCAGCUUCUGGUCAAGAAAGCAAAGACUUGAAUGCCACAGCUAACUCUCAGCAGCAGCACAUUCUGGUUACCGAAGUACUUCCAACACACCCUAGCCAGGACAAGAAGGUGAAGGUGUCAUCUAUCACAAACUUCGAAACAGUAUCUGCGGCAUUCUACAAGCGCCACAUUCAAACUCCUCAAGCAACUGGUCAGCCUGACAGAGCUGCCUUUCGGAGGCGCAGCACUAUCAAUCUCGCAGAUGGAGUCCUGCGUUUCAAUGAAACAUGUGGUCAGAUGUCACAGGUUUCCGACGGAUCGAUCUGCUACCAGCAUAAUGUGUUUGCGAAUGACCACCAAUGCUCGUGCGGGACCAAGAAACGCAGGAAGGAAGGCAAAGACAGCGAAUAG